UGCAUGGCCGUCGGUUUUCCAUGUGAUUUUCUGAGUAGGUGCAUGUGUGUUGCUGCUGUUGCCGUUCUAAAUCUUCCAACGCGGCUAACUGUGAGAAAACCGGCAGUGCAAAAGUAACACGCUAGAAUCUGCCGGAGAAUCACAAACCGUGCUAAUUACUAAUUUCAAGCCGAAUUGGUGCACUAAAGCUGUAAGCGAAGCGAAGGAAGAAACACGUGGACGAUAUCGUAAAGUUCCCGCACCGGAGGACCGGAGCACUGCGUGUAGAUGUGUGCGAAGCAGACUGUACCAUACCAAUGCAGAAGAAAAUUGAAGAGGUGGUGAAAUUUGUGCACAGAAAGUAAAAGAUUCCAAUCAAAGAAGCUGUCCCGUCUCGUCGGCCUGCCUUUGUCGAGCGAAGCGGACUAGAUGUGUUGGCAUCCGGUAUUGAAUUCAAUCACCCAUUGAAAACGCCGGGAGCCUUCGUGUGUAUGAUUUAGGCUAUCACAAUAUCUCAAACGCCAGCAAAUAUCCUUCGGCUAUUUAGGAUCUCGGUUCUGGGAGCAAUCUUUCAGAACCGAGACGUAUACCUAGUAACUGAGUUCAUCGUCUUUAAGGAAUUUACCAGCUAGACAAGCUUACGAGAAUUGGUAGGAAGUUUGGCAAUCUAGUAUUCCGGUGCAGCUGCUGCACGCGGAGGUGGGAGAAUUACGCUAUCGCCCACAUACGCACAUUCGUUGAAAUAUUGGAUUCAAGGAGUUGUUCAAGAUCGACAGAAAAUCAUGAUAAAUCUUUCCACAUCGACUGCGGCACAUGCAUACGCUUGUCGUACCGGCGGAAGCGGAAUGGUGGUAGGCAGGAAUGUGCCUAACAGUCGCGGAAUCCACUCUCUACGGCCCUUUGUUGGAAAUGUGGCAGUCGCAGAUACUGACAGUGCUAUAGAAACAGCCGAUGGGCUAGAAAUGAUCAGCCACGGAUAUGGCAGUAUUAAUGGCUUUCGACACAAUCGGUUUCAAUACGAAAUACCCACCGUCGGCCAGCACUAUGGAAAUGCCUUUCAUUUGGCUGAAGAUGAUGAAGAACUGCGCGAUUUUAUCGUCGAGCGUCAUCAUUAUGGCACCGAUGUGCACAACCUCAUGGAGGAACACAUUGUUGAGGAUGAUGAUGAAGAGGAAGAUAUCGAAAUGUCCACUGCAGUGGAGGUGAUAUCGAUUGAUCCAAAUUGUGAUUAUGAUACUGACGAGGAGGACGAUGAUGUUGAAGAAGAUGUUAAGUAUGAGAAUGAAACAGAAAACGAAAGAGUUCAAGAGUACGAAAAUGGUGAAGAGUAUGAAGAAUCGGAAAAAGAUUCAUACCAGGCACAAACGAGUGCACUGCAGACCGUCGCACGUAACGUGACGGUUGCGGUUGAUGCAGUAAAUGCCGUAAUAGGAUGCUCGCAAGAAGUGAAUGAAAUGUGUAGUGAUUAUGUUGCCGGCAUCCAUUGUCCAACCGAAGACGAACAGCUGGAAGCUGCCGAUCGCAGUAGAAGUAGAAAUUGUAGUAACACUGACAGCAGUUCCACUAGUAGCUCUAGUCGUGAUAGUAGCACCAGCAGCUCGAACAGCGAAGCUAUUUCCUUCGUUAAGGCUAAAAGUAAGGAGGUAGCUUUUGUGUCCCCCAACCGGCAAACAGAAGAGCGAACGAAAGACUUAGCGAUGCACCAAUGCCGCCAAUACUCGUAUCAUUCCGAAGAUGGCGAAGAGGACGGGGAGACCGAAGAAGAGGACGAAGACGAAGAUGAUGAUCCAGAUUUAGAUUUUAGUCCCACUAAAAAUACGCUUUGGGAGCUUCCGGCUAAAUUGUUGCAGGAUAAGUCAGGUACAAAAAAAUCCAAAACACAACCGCACGGGCGCCGGAAACGUUGCUCCUCUAGUCAACGGCAAUCGUUCUCAAUGCCUCAUUCUCCGGUUGGUGCCGGGAAGACUGAUAAUAGGGGUGUUAUCGGUGGACUACUACCGACCAGUCUAAGUUUCGACGAUCUCGAUUCGCUGGUAUGCGAUUUAAGCCCGAUGAAAAAUCUGCCAAUCGACAAGGCUUCCACUAACGAUACGGAGGAAGAAGAUUUGCUAGUCGAUCCGCUGGUUGAUGCAGCCAAUUUUGACCUGACCGCAUAUAUUACGGGAGAUGAUACGAUCGGUUGCGACACUAACUCUAAGCGAUUAACAGUUGAGAGCAGACAUCAAAAACGUGGCACUGUACAGUGUAUUGUUGAACCGGCGCAAUCCCCUGUUCGUGUUCUUCCAAAGUCCCGCGGUAAGGAACUAAAGGUACUACGUCAGCAUAUGCUUCCUCGAGAGUAUCAGCACAGUUUCAUCGCACCCGAGGAAACUGAACCGACGUCGAAUGGAAAACGGGACAGUGCAACAAAAGCGGGCCGGAAGUUAACGAUGGAUGAUGAAAGCAGUGAAGCGGAAGAUGAGCAUACAGUUAUAGCGCAAGCAAAUAAUAAAAGCGCCGAAUAUCGAAACCGAGGCACAAAGAGAAAGGUAGUCGACGAUACUGAUAAGGAUCCUACAUGGAAUCCAAACGGUGGUGGCGUUAGUAAAUCAAAACCUGAAAAUAAGUUAUCAAAUCAAAAACAAUCGGCUUCGGUUGGUUUAGGAAUGAAUGCUAAUCUUUCCGUUUCUAAUGCUACUAAUAAGCAUCUUGUUGGCAGCAGUCACUGUAAUAGCAGCGAAGAAGGAGAAAAGGUUUUUUCACAACCUACUGUAACGGUCAAAAAGGGGACGAAAUUUGGGCAAGUGAUAAAGACGGAAACGUCCUCCACGAAGGGUCAAGUGUUAGGUUUGCCUAAAAAAUCUCAUAGCAACGCUACCGUAAAACCAGCCUCUGCUAAAGUUGAGCGACACGAUCAUCAAAUCCACACUAAUGUCCAUCGUAAGAAGACAAAUGUGAAAUUAGAUCAUGAUUAUUGCUCGUCUAAACGGAGUACACUCAUACACUCGGCCACGGGAGGAAAUGUAGUGAGUUCUUUGGGUCUUACCAGUGGUCAGCAACGGAAAACCAUUGAGAUUCCAUUUCUCCUGCCAACGAAAGAGCAGCUACGCCAGGAGCGCAAGUUACAGAAGGAAAAGAAGCGCUCCGAACAACUGAUGGCAGCAAAAAAACAUCUGCCACAAUCAGACGUAAGUCCUACAUCAUAUGAUAAUGGCAAAGAUAAGCAAGUCCAGGAGUACCAAAGCUGUAACGGCAAAGGGAGCGUUAGUGUAGCAAGUAAAGCGCAAAAGAUAGGAACGUCUCUCAGUGGCCCGCUAUCCAAUGCCGAACAUUUGCUGUCGACAUUCGAAAGGAAACGAACUGAUGUAAAUAAAACAUGUGUGAAUAAGAUCACUACUGGGAGCAGCAGUGGUAGUAGUAACGCUAAUGAUGUUAGCCAAUUGGACGCGCGCGUAGUUGAGGUAAAGAAGAAUAGUGCGCCUCCUAAUGGCAUCGGUGGUAGUGUUAAACGCCAGAUUUCACUGCUGAAGAUAAAUCAACCCGCAGCCGCAGUCACGAUACCAACUGAGAGUGGUGGCAUCACAAGUCAUGUGAGCAUCAGUACACAGGUGAAAAUUGAUGAAACGAUAAGCAGUUUCACUGCAGCAACGCUGAAUGAAAAAAUAAGUCGCCAAUGUGUUACGGCUGGAAGUCAGCAGCAGGAAGUUGUUGUGACUGGCAAUACCGGCUUGACGACACUUAGUGAAGAGGCCAAAAAUAAACACGAAGUGGUAGUGCGUAAAAAGCUUAAUCUACAAGAGUACAAAAAGCGUCGCGAACAUCCAGAGUCUGCGCCGGAAGGUGUUCCGAAGGCAACCAACAGUACCCAUCAGCAAAAAAUUAUCGACAAUAGAAGUAAUGGUAGUUCCGCAAAUUCUACAAACGGGUAUAGCAAUAGUAAGGUACCAGCGUUAAAUGAUGCGGUGAUAUCAAAACCAGAACAAACGAUAUCCAAGUCAGACACUCAGAACAGUAAAGCAGCGGUAACGAUAACGGAACCUCUGGACCCUAUUUCUGCCGCUAAGAUGAAAGCUUUGCGCAUGCAGCAAUUGAAGAAGGAGGCGGCAAUUAAAUCAAACGAAGUGAAACUCAGUCAAAAAACGAUACCUCUCAUGCCGAUUCUACCGCUAGAACAGAUCACCUCUCUCGAGUUCGACGAGCACGGCAAUCCGUUGCCGUUGGACGAAGCAAAAGUAAGGCAACGUGUAGAGGGUGACGGUGUUCAAGACGCGUUAAAAUUGCAUCCGGAUUAUGAGGAAAUCAUUAUCGUUUCGAUCGGUUGCAAUACGUCCCUUACGAUAACACCUUCGGAGAACGAUACGCAAACGUCAACAGAACUAGUGCAAGUCAGUUGUCAGCUAGAUCAACGUCAGCAACAGCACAAUUCGAAGCAUGCAACCGGUUGCGAAAACGAAGCUUCACGGCUGUUGAACAUAUCGGACACCAUAAAACGAUGCUGUCCGUCGGUGGACACAAUGCCCGGCAGUUCGCUAAUAGCGAGCAUACAGGAGGUGAUGAUAAAAAAAUCAAACAUUAGCACCUCCAUUCACGGAACGGUUGCAACAGGAGCAACGCAAACCGCACCAGUCGGUUCGGAAGCAUCGAUAGCGGAAGGUGCAGUAUCACUGAAAGCCGAAACAAUGUCGAAUGCAACUGUUACCGAAAAUAAUGCUGUUGGAGGAGGAGCAGCACGUGAUCAUCAGUAUGUUUUGCAUCAAAGCUCUCCGUACGUGGGCGUAUCUCCUCCUAGCUCCUUCUCUCCAGGGAAGCCGGAACGGGCACACACAACAAACACACGACCGGCGGUUGACAAUAUCAUGUCCAGUCCGAGCAAACAAAUUCGAACCUCUAAAACAUCCGUCAAUGGAACGCAGAUGCAUUCCUUGUCUGGGUCUAUAGCGACACAAACAGAGCUCGAUACAAAUGCCACAUCGGUGGUAGAGCACGGUGAAGACAAAAUAAUCAUGCAUUUGCGGAAAGAUCGCGUGCGUGCACAGCGCACCGAUGCAGCGACACAAACCGAUUCGUGCGGUCGGUUUCCUCCGCUGUGCAAACUUUCGCCUCCGCGCGUCUCAGCGAAGGAGCAGAAACAGCGCGUUGACAACAGUCAGGAGUCCAUCGUUGAGAAGCAACGCGCGCAACACAAGCGCACCGAAAGACGAUCGUACCGUCGGCAUCAUUACAGAAACGGUAGCGAAUCGCCAUCCGCUGCAGAUUCGGAUGCAGCUGAUCGACCGUCUAGUCGAUCGAAAUCCCACCAGGAACGGCAGAGGGCGCGGGAUCGUCAUAGCCAUAGUCACAGCCGUAGCCGCAGUCGACAUCGUUCCUCGCGACGUCGUUCUUCGUGCUCGUCUGGUUCGCGUUCGCGCUCACGAAGUGAUUACUCGCGUGUGCAUCACCACCAUCGCAGCCAUCAGCACGGCAGCAACGGAACCAGUGGCAGCGGGUGCAACAAUACUAGCCGUUAUUCGCGCAGUCGUCGAAAAUCGCGCACGUGCUCGAGAUCAUCCUCCUCGACGUCAUCGUCCCGGUACGGUAGUCGGGGACGUCGCUCACUGUCUUCCUCCUCAUCGACCAGUUCGAUGUCGUCUUCCGGGUCGUCCGAUGGUGGCCAUGGUGCGGUGCAUUCUUCGCGCAGCCGUUCUCGUUCACCCCGACGAUCCCGUUCCCGCUCGGAUAUACGCUCGAGCACACCCGAUCGUCACCGAUAUAACUCGCGAGAGCACCUUAACCACCGCCGAGCGAUCUCACCUGAACGCAAGAUUGUGUACGUCGGUCGGCUAGAGAGCACCGCGCGGAAAGUAGAUUUACAACAGAAAUUCCAACCCUACGGUAAAAUCGUCAAAAUUACUCUACACCUCAAGGCCAACGGCUCUCGGUAUGGAUUCGUAACGUUCGAAAAACCACAGCAUGCGUACGAUGCAAUUGAUGCUUGCGGAACAGAUCCAAACCUGCGGAACUAUGACGUCAGCUUUGGCGGACGCCGAGCUUUCUGUCGCACACAGUAUGCGGAUUUGGACGGUGAAGUGUCCAACGAUCACGAUCAUCAGAUGCCAUACGUAACGGUCGAAGGAGCAUUGCUGCUUCCGUCCAGGGGACCAACACCGUACAGUGGUCCUGCUUUGUGCCACAAAGAACCCACAUAUGGGAGCGGUGGGCUCACUGGCGGUGGUAUGACAGAAAGCUUUGAUGAUUUGCUGAAGAAGUUCAAGAAGGAGAUAGGUGCACGGAAAACAUGACCUCGCUGUUGCUGGUUAGACAGAAAGAAGUCAGAUUGGGAGUGGUGUGAAGAGUUAUUAACCAAAAACAAAGAAAGUACUGUUUCGGUUCCGCAGCUUCAAACUGCCAUAUGGAAUGAUCGGUUCUACCAACACCACUACCACCAUCAGCAAGGGUUUCGAGAAGAUGAAGUAUUGUUGGAAACAGUUUUCCUCUAUAUUAACUCUACCUCACGUUUCACAACAAUUAGAUUUUUGAUUUGACAUGACAGAAGAGUGCGAUACGAAAACCGGAGAAGCGACAAGAAGGAAUUACGGAAGUAUGUCCCGGAAUGUAAACGAGAUUCAGCAAUUCAGUAGUCUACUUCCCGCAUUAGAUGCUAUAGGGGAAGCACACUCUCUCACCGAGCGAGCAGCAAGCGGAAUAAUUGGAAAGGCAAAAAUAAUUAGGCUGACUAAAAACAAAUGAAAAUAUCUGUGAUUGUUUCAGUGAAAGUCCUGUCGUCGUUCAGUGAGUUACUAUAAUGUCGGCGGCUGCUCUGAAAUGAAAUGAAAUGUUCUAGGUUUACACAGCUCUUGCACUCCACAUGCAAAUAACACACAUCCCCACAACGGGUAUGUGGUGCUCGUCACAGUAGUUCUACGUAAACUAUCUCUCUAUCUUUUAACGUGAUACGUACGCGUUGGUUUGAGUUUUUUCCUAAUUUAACUGAUCAAGCGUAAAUGUUUUGAUAUUCAUUUUUCGAUUGUGCCACUGCCAAUACACUACACCCCCUACACGCCAUUUAUGGCCCCUUCCUUCUCCUCACCAAGGUCCGGAUAUAAACGAAAGUGUUUAGUUGUACAGAAAUGCCAAAUGAUUAGGGAAAAGAUGGUGUUGGAAGGCAAAGUGUUACAAGAAAAUGUUGAGGGUGCUAAAGAAACAUUUGACUCUUUUCCUACUCUCAUACCGCAUACCGCAUCCUUUAGCAGAGAAUGUGUUUUGUUGGAAACAAAGGACAGCAAAAAGUAUGAAUUGUUUAUCACUAUCCUUCUGCGUGUUUUGUUGCGAAACUGCUAGCUUACCGUGAACGAAAAUGUGCCCGCGUUACGUAGGAGGUAGUCGUUUUUUUAUAUCUUUUUUUCGGAAACGGUUUUCUGUACAUCGUUUAGGAUGAGAUGCAUGUAAAGACAAUAUGGUUAGGCAUUUUUUUAAAUUACAUUUACCAUCUUCCCCGUCAAAACAUGAUUGUUGCGUAUACAGAGGCAGAAAGCAGACGAUGAUUGUGGUGAACGAAUAAAAACGAUUAGGUUGUUUUCUUUUGCUUUGUUCCAAUGCUGCUGUACUGGCUUAGUAGUCAGUAUGAAGUUUAUUAAAAGUACGCGUGUCGCUACAGUGAAUUACAGACAUAUUUUAAGCUUUUUUUAGAAAACACGACUUAAUGAUCCAAUUGUUUCAUUUGUUCCGUUUUUUUGCAUAUUCUUUAGGUUAUAGGUUAUUUUGAAAAUGAAAAAUGCAGCGUUGCAAA